UCAAUUGAUGGAAGUUUAAAAAAAAUAAAUUCUGUAUUUUUUGUUGAUUUAAAUCUGUGACCAUUAUCCAUCAUACAUCCUUUAUCCCUUCAUGUUUUUUAAAUAAUCUUGCUACUGGAUUAUUUGUUUAAGAUGAUAGUAUGGAGAUGUCAUUCACACAUUGUGUGAUUUACCCAUUUAAAGUGUAUAAUUCUGCGGCCUUAAGUCUAUUCUCAAAGUUGUCAUUCAUCACCACCUUCAAUUAUAGACUGUUUUCAUUACUCCAAAAGAGAAAUUCCACUCCCACCCUCUUCUGACUCCCAAGCCCUAGGUAACCUUUACUCUCUGUCUCGUGGAUUUCCCUUUUCUGGCCAUUUCAUAUGAACAGAACUAUAUACCUGCCAGUCCUUUGUGUCUGGCUUGUUUCACUUAGCAAAAUGUUUUCAAGGUUUAUCCGUGCCAUACUUGGGUCAGUUCUUCAUUUAUUUUUAUUGCCCAGUAAUAUUCCCUUGUGUGGCUGCACCUCAUCUUAUCAUCUUAUCCAUUCAUCCAUUGAUGGGCACUUGGAUUAUUUCCACUUUCUGACUGUUAUGCAUGGUGCUGCUAAGAACAUUUGUGUGAACAUAUGUCUGCAUUUCUCUUGGGUAUUUGCCAAGGAUGGAAAUUGCUGGAUCACAGGGUAAUUCUAUAUUUAAAUGUUUGAGGAACUCUUCCCAACCUAACUGGGCCAUUUGACAUUUCCACCAGCAGUGUCCGAGGGAUUUCUCCACAUCUUCCACAAACUUGUUGCGAUCCGUCUCUCUGAUACUGAUGGCAUGGAGCAUCUUUCUAUGUACUUAUUGGCCAUUUUAGAAAUAGUGAUACAGAUCCCCUUUGAAGAAGUGACUAUGUGGUUAUUUUGCCCAAUUUUUAAAUGGAUUAUUUGUCUUUCUUGUUAUUUGUAUGCGUGAUCUUAAGACUUUUUUUUUUAAAGAUUUAUUUAUUUAUGCAUACAAGAGCUGGGGUACAGGCCAGAGAUGUUGGGGGUGAGAGGAUUCACCAGAAACAGAGUGAGGAACAAAACAGGCAGAUUGACCAAAGUACACUGCUGAGGGGAGCAGCGGGAGAGACAGGAGAGGUCUGCUGCACCAUGUAGGUUGCUCCCUGGCCAGCCGGGAAUGGAACUCAUUGCUGCAGAGGCUGCGGAUUGCUUCAUAGUGUGGUGCUUAACCCCUUGCGCCACCAGGGAGGCCCAAGACAAGGUUUUGAUAAGACAGGUGGUCAGCAAUCAUGCAGUCGGCAUCUAAGAGAUAUAAAAGGCACCUUUAUUGAAAGAAGGCAUAGGAAACACAAUGUGAUUUUAGGGCUAUUUGUAGUGUCUGAUGUGUUGUUGGUCUUUCUUUCUCCUGCCUAUUUUCUUAGGACCCCUCUUGCAGCUCUCAAGUGUUUGUAGAAAACGACAAACAGUUGUCACAGUUUUUCAAGUCAUAGAAAGAGUUGCAACUUCUCCUUGUAAGAGAACUUUCUAAGUGCAUUCAAUGCCUAACGUUGCAGAAGCAGGAAGGGCAAGUGAUUCUGGAAAUGGUGAGCACAGAUCCGAGAGCAAGUCCCCUGAGGAGAAUCUACCCGGUGCUCUACCAUCUUUCUGCUCUCGAGCCUCAGGAACACCCUUGGGCCCCAAAGGAGACAGCCACUAUCCAUGGAGCUGCCCAGUGACCCACACUCGGGAGAAGAUUUACGCCAUCUGCUCGGACUAUGCCUUCCUCAACCAGGCCACCUCAAUCUACAAAACUCCAAAUUCCACCCACUCUUCCUGCCUGCCUGAUAGUACCUCUUUAUCUGCUGGAAAUAAUUCAUCAAGGUACAUUGGCAUCCCAACCAGUACAUCGGAGAUCAUCUACAAUGAAGAAAAUAGCCUGGAAAACUUAUCCAAUAGCCUGGGCAAGCUACCUCUUGCAUGGGAAAUUGAUAAAUCUGAAUUUGAUGGCGUGUCCACAAAUUUGAAACACAAAUCAGGCAAUGUGAAGAAACAAACUUCUAAGAAAAAAACUUCAGAUAAAAAAGGAAGACAUCAAAGGGACUGGGCACAGUGCUCUCCAGCCGAUGACAUCAAGCAGCGAAAAGUAUUAGACCUUCGACGCUGGUACUGCAUAAGCCGACCUCAAUAUAAGACUUCUUGUGGUAUCUCCUCAUUAAUUUCUUGUUGGAAUUUCUUAUACAGCACAAUGGGAGCUGGAAAUCUUCCACCUAUUACCCAAGAAGAAGCUUUACAUAUUUUGGGCUUUCAACCCCCAUUUGAAGAUAUUAGGUUUGGCCCUUUCACUGGAAAUACAACACUUAUGAGAUGGUUCAGACAAAUUAAUGAUCAUUUCCAUGUAAAAGGAUGCUCCUAUGUUCUCUAUAAGCCUCAUGGGAAGAAUAAAACAGCUGGAGAAACUGCCUCGGGGGCUUUAUCGAAGUUGACUCAUGGACUGAAAGAUGAAUCACUGGCUUUUAUCUAUCAUUGCCAAAAUCAUUACUUUUGCCCAAUAGGCUUCGAAGCAACGCCUGUCAAAGCUAAUAAAGCAUUCAGCAGAGGUCCCCUGUCUUCACAAGAAGUAGAAUAUUGGAUCUUAAUUGGAGAAUCCAGUAGAAAACAUCCUGCUAUUCACUGUAAAAAAUGGGCAGAUAUUGUUACUGAUCUAAACACUCAAAACCCAGAAUAUCUAGAUAUCCGGCACUUAGAGAGGGGGCUACAGUAUCGAAAAACAAAGAAGGUUGGGGGUAACCUGCAUUGCAUCAUAGCAUUCCAGAGACUCAGUUGGCAAAGAUUUGGUCUUUGGAACUUUCCAUUUGGAAGCAUCAGACAAGAUUCACAACCUCCAACACAUGGCCAGGGAAUUGCCAAAUCUGAGAGUGAAGACAACAUCUCCAAGAAGCACCACGGACGUCUGGGGCGGUCUUUUAGUGCUAGUUUCCAUCAGGACUCAGCGUGGAAAAAGAUGUCCAGCAUCCAUGAGAGAAGGAACAGUGGUUACCAGGGUUAUAGUGACUAUGACGGGAAUGACUGACGACGCUGGGUAGGAGGCAGCCUGCGCUGUGCACACAGCUGGUCCGCCAGGGCGCUGAGACAGGAGAUCGCGUGCAGUCCCUGUUACAUAGGAACAGAUUGUGUGGUUCAAAACGUAACCUCGUCAUCCUCCAGUAAUUAGCGUGUGUGAGUGUGAUGGAGGAUUUCAGGUAGAUAAGCAGAUAAGCACAGAUGACUGUCCUUUUAAACGUAAAAGUAUAUAUAGACAUUCUGGAUCAUCUCACGACAUCCAAUAAAAUUGCAUAUAAACCAAUUAAAAACAAAUUCACUAAUAGCAUCAUGAUUUGAAAUACUUCAGCAUGAAAUGAUUUCUUAUGGCUGGGCCUCCAGACAUUUUUUGCAUAGCUCAUUCUAAGCUCAAGAGGGUGCCAUUUGCCCUUAAAAAACCAAACCAGACCGGGGGCUAUCGCGUUCUAGUUUUCCCGCUGGGUUAAAUCUCAUUUAAAAUUAGUUAGUGAGUCUAGUAAUUCCUUUAUUUGCAGUUGUCUCUUGCCUGCCUCAUUUCUUUCCUGGUUAACUUUCUCAGGAUUUUCAAUAAAGAGGCAAAAGAGACCCAAGAAGUGGAUCUUUUCUAUUGGUGCGAAUGGAUGACGUAGUGCGUUGUUUCAGGGUAUUCUUGGCUUUCUUCACUUGGUGUGUUACUAUCAAAUAGUAGGACUUUAGGUCUGGAGAGACCUCUGUAAGUCUAGAAUAGACCUUGUAGGGACAGAAUAAAGAAUGAGUGGCAUUCAGUGUUUCCAUGCCCAAGGUGAUCUGUGAAACGGGAUCCCCUGAUAACUGAUUGGUCCUCAACCUGGAGUCAUGGGUUGAUAAUAGCAGGGAAGAGGCAUGAGGAAGCCACCUGCCUUGCAGGCAACUGUCACCUGCCAACUCUGACAGGUUUCCUUUUUAAACCCUCCAGACGGUGAGCUGUUUGAAGCAAGCUGAGUGUGUAGUUCACAAUGUGCGGGUUUCAUACAUUUGAGCUCCUGUCUAGCUGCUGUCAGUUUCUCUUCUGCUGACAACUGUGACUCACCAAUAAGUAGGAUCUCUUGUUCUUUCAUUUUAAGGGCUUGUUCCAGGACUCAGAUCAGUAACGUGAUUAUUACAAGGUGCUGGAUAUGUUGGAAACCAUAUCACAAUACACCUCAAGGAGAGGGUUCAGAUUUUAUUUUUUAAAUGUUUUCAUUUUCUUCUCCUUUGAAUUUUAUAUCCAUUUAUCCAUUCAAACAUGCCUAGCCUACAGAAGGGGAGAUAUAUGAUGAAAUGGUCAUUUUCCUGAAGAGAGUAUUUUGCUUGAAAUGCAAAAGACUGAAAGAUGUGUAGGUUGUUGGUUUUGUUACUUCAUACUGGAACUUCUAAGAUGUUUCCAUCAAAUAAAGUUUUGUUUUCUACUUUUAGUCAUGUGAAUGUUUUGAACUUUUGUUUUAGGCAGGCAGCACCCUUACCAUUUU